AUGUCAGUCGCUACAUCAAGUACUAAUGAAUUGAAUUUUCUCAAAAAAACUGUCACUGUUUCACCAUUGGUUUUAUUAUCAGUUGUUGAUCAUUUCCAUAGAGUAUCCAAAGAUAGUGGAAAGAGAGUUGUUGGAGUAAUAUUAGGGGACAAUUCAACCGAUACAAUUAAGAUAACAAACUCAUAUGCAAUUCCAUUUGAAGAAGACGAGAAAAACCCUGGUGUUUGGUUUUUGGACCACAAUUAUAUUGAUGCAAUGGGGGAAAUGUUUAAGAAAAUCAAUGCUAAGGAGAAAUUGAUUGGAUGGUAUCAUUCAGGUCCCAAAUUGAAAGCAUCUGAUUUGAAAAUAAAUGAUGUGUUUAGGAAAUAUACUGCCAAUCCUUUACUUUUAAUUGUUGAUGUUGAUGCACAAGGAGUUGGAAUCCCCACGGAUGCUUAUUUUGCUGUUGAUGAUAUCAAAAAUGAUGGUUCAGCUGCUGAAAAGACAUUUAUCCAUGUUCCAUCUUUGAUAGAAGCUGAAGAAGCCGAGGAAAUUGGAGUAGAGCAUUUAUUGAGAGAUAUUAGAGACCAAGCUGCCGGAAACUUGUCAUUAAGAGUAACACAAACGUAUCAAUCAUUAUUAGGAUUGCAUCAAAAAUUGAGAGAUAUCGCCACAUACUUGGAAAAAGUAUACAAUAAGAAUUUGCCACUCAACCAUACUAUUUUGGGCAAACUUCAAAAUGUGUUUAAUUUACUACCCAAUUUGGUACAACCAGCUGCAAGUUCACAAAGUGGUGAAGAUGCGACAACAGCUUCAGGAAGUGAAUUGGCAACUGCAUUCACUGUAAAGACAAAUGAUGAACUUAUGAUUGUAUAUAUUAGUACAUUGGUUAGAGCUAUCAUUGCAUUUCAUGAUUUGAUUGAAAACAAAUUGGAGAAUAAGAAAUUGAAUGAGAAAAAGGCACUAGAAGCAGAGGAGUCAUUGGUCGAGGAUAAAAACUCAGUCACUGCGGAGUCAUAA